GAUAACACCACCAUGAAUGGUAUAGCUGUCUUUUGUUUUGGUUACAUUUUUGCAGUAACAUGUUUAUUAGGAACAAGCCAAGCAUCAUUAAGGGCUUCUCAUACCACGAGCUUCAAAGAGAGUCAAGACUGUCUUCAGAACAGUCACUAUAGAUACCUAAAAAGCUUAGUUGGAAAUAGCUGUUCGCCUAUGGAUGAUCAAUGGUAUCACCUACACCACUUGACGUUUUACCAAAGUCUUGCGCACUGCGCCCGUGACGCUGCCAAAUAUAUAAGAGAUUAUUACCAACACCACCAUGCACGUUCUGACUGUUCAUGUUCUGUCGGAAACACUUCGCUCACACACCUUUCACAUUCUCAAACACUUGAUCACUGCAGGAACUCAGAUAGGAAUUACAGAGAUAUUUUCGACACGACCUUCUAUGAUAGCCACAGUACAAGUCAUGAACGUAUAUGUCACCGCCAUUUUGACGAAAUGGGAAAACUGGCGGCAGUAGCAGAAAACAGUUGCUUUAUGGAUUUGGUUGCACAUUUUGACAGACAGUUCUUUCAUAGCCAUGGCAGUUUACGUAGAUGUUCUUGCCAAAUAACAAACGGUGGAAACGGAGGGGCGACACACACACCACAGCAUCAUACGUCAACAGAUCAGUGUAUGCAGUAUUCGCAAUACCAAUAUCUCGACACUUUACUUGCGCACGACACAUGUAUUAGCCAUUAUAAAGUAUGGAGCUACCUCGAUCCGCUAACUUCACUCAGUCCAACGUGCCGAGUAAAGAUUAUCGAGAGAUUAAACGCCGCCUAUGGACAUUUUUCACAUACACCGUCCAACUGCACAUGUAGUACCAAUUUUGAUCCCCUUCAUCUUUACAAUGACCCACAUGGCCAUUACCAACAAUGUCGAAAUGCAAACCAUUACCAAGCCCUAACGUCGAGAUUGUUACACAAUCAGGUCAGUCAGGUCUGCUCAUCACACCAUACCGUGUGGAAAGAACUGUCACAAAUUCCGCACAACAACGGUUACAACUAUUACUACUGCCAAAAAGAUGCCAUCUCACACAUUGCAGAUUCGGUUUCUCGAGUCCAUAACCCGUGCGUAUGUGUGCCAGCCAAUGUCGUAACAUCAACAUCAACUACGACAAGUCCUCCUAUAACAGUUACAUCAACAUCGAAUCCUACUAAAACUACAACUACAAUUUCUCCUCUACCAGAUUUUAAAUUGUGCAAUACCAUCGCCUUGACCAUUGGCCUAGCGUACGGUGAAGUUUUAAAAGAAGGUAAUUUCACCUGCAGUGAUGGAAGUCACGCCCUUUCUGAAGCUACACCAAUGAAAUUGUGCAACGCCACAGACUCUUCCAAGUGGAUCAAAGGUCAACAUGUGAUUUCCCACUGUGACAGUAUACCAAUGUUUUCUGCCAUCGCUUCGUUCGCCGGUCAAGUGUACACCCACGAUGGUUUAGCCGGGGUGUUCCUUGGAUGCAACAGCACACAUAUUUCUAUAGCCUCUGAAGAUUGUACGCAAGGCCUGACCAGAUUUUAUAUUCCUCGGGACGGAAGAGAUAGCUAUAUUCAUUCCGCUAUCAAUUACUUCACCAUAAGUUGGUGAAAGGAUCAGUCAAGUACUAGUAAUCUUCCCGACAUACUGCAUGGACUGUAAACACUUGUAUAACGACAAAAGUGUACUGAGUACACGGCCGUUACAGAUUGAUUGUCGCAGUAUUUACCGAAAUCUAUCAUUUGGAAGAGCGUGCUUAAGUUUUGUUAGGUAUUAAGGUAAAUACUUACAAAAUUUUAGAUGCAAUUACUUAGCUAAUCACAAAAUAAAUAUUAU